AUGCCGAUUGCCCUCUUUUUCCGCCAGCGGCAUUACGAGGCGCUCACUCGCAAGCUCACGAGGGCAACCACUGCGAAGGCCGAGUCGGCCGUGACCGGUGACGGGCCGCCUCUGUGCUCGGAGGGUGCUCUGCUUCUAGUUUGGAUGGAGACCGUGGUGCCGGUGAUCGUGGGCAGGCGGCUUCCACUUUGGGCGGUCGUACGGCCUGUGCAGGGGACGCUCCUGCUCCUUCGCGUCCGAGGGGCGCUCCUUCUGAUGAUGGCGCUCCCAGUUGUUGCUGGCGGCCCUGCGACAGUUUCAGACGAUUCGGGACUUCGGGAGCUCGGGCUGGACUAUCAGCGGAGGCCGCGGAGCAUGGAGGGUCCAGCCUGUGCUAUGUGCCUGCAGGUCUGGGGCUCCUUUUCCAGUCUCGACCCUCAUCUCGGCCACGAGGCGAUGUGCGAGGCUCUGGCUGCAAGGGAUCCUGCCCUUAAGUCUUUGGUUUGGCGCGCGCGUUGGCAGUGGCAUUCUCGCCCGGACCGCCGCCUCCUUAGUUCUGUCUUGGAGCUUCGUGCUGCAGAGUCCUCUCGCCUUUCGCGCUCUGCCGUGUGGAGCAAGCACUCUCGCAGCUUCUUUCGGAAAGGCCAGGUUAAGAAAGUGACGCACCCGGCCAGGCCGGCUUCGCCGGACUUGCGAGGCAAGGUGCGUCGGCCUCACGAAAGUGCCCACAUUCUUGAGUGGCCGUGCUCGGCCUGCCAUGCUGUGAUGUCUGCUACAUCGCGUGCUCAGUUGACCAAGCAGCGAGAUAACCACAUCAACAGGAUGCACAAGGGGAUCCCUCGCUCUCGGUUUCUCACCUUGACCAAUCAGCUGGGUUCCAAUCGGGACUCCGUGCCAAGUGAGGCAGGACCGGCAAGGACUCACCACAUCAAGAAUGUGCACCCAGGCCUCUGCAACAGCAUGUUUCGCAUCUUGGAGGGUCGCCAGUCCUUGUAUGAAGACGGCUCGAUGCGGGAGCUCUUGGACAACCCGGAGAAGCGCAAGGCAUUUCAUGAUGACCGCCGGACCAAAGCUAUCCGCGACGGCGUUGAGCCCUAUCCUAGCUGA